AUGACUACCCGAUCGUCGGUCGCUCGGGGAUCGCCAGCGAACCCACACCGAACCGACACCGAGUCCAUUGUUCCUCCCGCCACUAUCUACGACGGAAGUAGCAGCCCGGAGAACAAUUCUCAGGACCGGACUUCCCAACUUAGCGAGCACCUCGCUGAGGUCGAACGCCUCGAAACCCUUCAUGCGUUGCUUACCCGAAAGAAGGAACUCGAGGAAGCAAUCGGCCAAAUAACCGAGAAAUCGUUGUCGGAUCGCCAUCGACGCUCUUCCUCUACAUCAUCUGAUCGAGGACGAGCUUCCGGAGAAAUCAAAAUCGAAGUUGCAAUUUUUAAAGCACACUACAGUAUACAACAACGCCAAACCUGGCUCAAUGACCUCCAAGACAUGUUCGCAGGCGCACCCCGCAAAUAUGGAUCGGACGAGAGAAAGAUCCUUGGUGCCACCAACUGCAUGAGUUCUGACUGUCGCGAAAGAUGGCGACACUAUGUCGAAGAGAAGGCGGAGCCCCAGCGAACCGCUUACAAAACGACAUGGGAACUAUUCGAGAAAUGGACUCUUACGUUACUACACAAUUCGGCCACACUACAAGCCGACAUCGCUACCUCUUUACAAGAGGCCCGGCAAGGUCCGAAUCAAAGUCCAAGCGAUUUUAAUUCCUACCUCCUCUCGCUCGAAAGACAUUUCGAAGCACCGUCGGAGGAUCAACGGGCACUUAACUUCUUCACUAAGUUACAGCUUCGCCUCCGAUCACGUAUCCAGAAUGCUAUGCUUCAUUUGCCUAAAAAUCGGGACGAGAUGGUAUCGACAGCGAUGCACUAUUGGAACCUCAUUCAAACGGAGUCGGGAACAAAGGACUACCCUCCCCGCUCAACAAACAAAAGACAUCACUCCCCUGACCAACAGGGAUAUCGAAAACGGACUAACUUCAACGGGCCAUCCUCCAACUUUGGUCGGGGCCGAGGAUGGAACCGUGGAAGCUUCCGAGGACGAGGUGGUGACCGAAACCCAAACACUAAACCAUAUUCAAACCGGCGUGAAUUCGGCGCAAAGCCGCAUGAUCGCCAGCGAAACGAUAAUACAACUCCACAAAAACCAUACAGCUGUUUCACCUGCGGGUCAACAGACCACUGGAAGGACCAGUGCCCCCAAAAUUCGACUAAGGUUCAGUCGGCACCAGCGCAUUCGGGAAAAGCCAGAGGCGGAGCCGAGGUUGACAUCGUCAGUCAUCAAUUUGCUCAGCAAUACGGACUCCGUCGCGCACCACUCACCGGCGUCAUUAUCUCAGCUAUCAAUCGAAGGUCAACACCUACUUAUGGGGUGUGGAUAGUCCCUAUCACGGCGACCGACUCGCGGGGGACUACUCGCACCUUCGAAAGGCGUUGUCUAGCUAUCGAUCGAGACCCUCGCCUCGAAGGAAGCCCGGUUCUCCUAUCUAUGACAACGGUGCGAGAUGAACACGUCGACUUUUCGCCACAUAAACGCCAGUGGUGGUAUGUCGCACCGUCAUACUCGAUAGCCACCCCAUAUCAAUUUGUAAAGGAAUGCCGGAACCACGCGUACGUGUAUGCGGUGGUAAAGCUUCCUGAGGAAGUGUGGCUUCCAGGAGACAACCAAGAAUACCCCGCCUCACGUGAGGAGGGUCUCCCUAGCGAAUUACUAGCGUACCGCGACGUAUUCGCUCCCGAAAAUGCCAAGACCCUACCACCUCAGAAAGCAACAGACCAUACUAUCGAGCUAAAAGACGGCGAAACGCCGCCGUAUGGCCCAAUUUACCCUCUCUCUCAGACAGAACUUCGAGAGCUUCGGUCCUACCUAGAUGAAAACCUUGACAAUGGUCGGAUCCGACCCUCGAAAAGUCCAGCAGGGGCCCCUAUCCUAUUUGUUCCAAAGAAGGAUGGCAGUCUACGUCUCUGUGUAGACUAUCGGGGAUUAAAUAAGGUCUCAGUCAAAAACCGGUAUCCCCUUCCUCUCAUCUCGGAGAUCCUCGAUCGACUCGCUGGCGCGCAGUUCUUUAGCAAAAUUGAUAUACAAGAUGCGUACUAUCGGAUCAGGAUCCGUGAAGGAGAAGAGUGGAAAACAGCCUUUCGCACUCGCUAUGGCCAUUUCGAGUAUACAGUCAUGCCGUUUGGUCUUACGAAUGCACCAGCCACUUUUCAGAAUUAUAUUCACACGGCGUUAAGAGGGCUUCUCGAUGUCGUUUGUGUGGCGUAUCUCGAUGAUAUCCUGAUCUUCUCGCCGGACCGCGAGGCCCACACAGAGCAUAUUUGUCAAGUGCUACAGAGGUUACGACAGGCACAGCUAUACGCGAAACCUGCAAAAUGCACCUUCUACCAAGACCAGGUUGAAUUCCUAGGAUUCGUGGUGUCUAGGAAUGGCAUAUCAAUGGAUAGACAGCGCGUCGACGCUAUCGCUUCAUGGGAAAUCCCAAAAAGCUACCAUGAAAUCCAAGUAUUCCUAGGAUUCUGCAACUUUUAUCGACGAUUUAUCCAAGGGUAUAGCCUGAUUGCAUUACCUCUAACCUCCCUGCUUCGAGGAAGUAAGAAUGGCAAGAAGCCUGGUAAUGUCUUGCUCUCCGACGAAGAAACGCAAGCGUUUCACCGGCUUCUCAAUGCAUUCCAAGAAGCCCCAGUGCUCCAGCAUUUUGAUCCACAAAAACGGAUCCGUAUCGAAUCUGAUGCAUCAAACCUUGGGAUGGCUGGAAUCCUCUCGCAGCCAGACGCUAGCGGGACAUGGCACCCCGUAGCGUACUGGUCAAAGAAAUUUAUUGGCGCGGAGCUCCGUUAUGCGACGCCAGAUCAAGAGCUUUUCGCUAUCGUUUAUUCGUUUAAACAAUGGAGGCACUACCUAGAGGGUAGCAAGUAUCCCGUCGAGGUGCUUUCAGACCAUGCUAAUCUCCAGACAUUUAUGAAGCAGCCUAAGCUUAACGGCAGACAGGCAAGGUGGCUUAUGUUUUUAACUCCGUUCGAGUUCACUAUAAAGCAUCGCGCUGGGAAGACCAAUCCCGCGGAUGGCUUAUCAAGGAAACCAAAUGCCAGUCGGGUUGCGCCCGCAGCUGAACUUACGACCCCGAUCCAAGAGCGCUUCGCUAGCGAUCAGGGGGUGAAUGUACAGCAAAUUGCUGUCAAAGAAAUGAAUACCGGUCAGGAUGUGCCUGCAACCAAGGCCAGCCAGGAUGUGCCUACGACUGAGCUUAGCGAGCCCGGGACGCCGGAGCUUAGCAAGAAGAGAGAUAGCCGUCGAGCAUCUCUGCACCGUCGAGUGCUGAUACGCCGUCGAGCGUCUAUUAAGGGAGAGAAACGCCGUCGAGCUUCUCUGUACCAUCGAGUACCUCUGCGCUACCCAGCGUACCGCCGUCGUGCGUCCCGUGAAAAAGUCGUUAGUCACCGCUGCAUGGUUUUGCCCCUAGUCUUAGAAGAAGACGCCAUGACAGUUCGCACCGCUGAGGGAGAUCGUGCGAUCACCCAGCGGGAGGUUGAGCGCGCCUGUGUGGUUGAACAAGUCUACGGGCUAGACGCCACGACAGAAUUGAAGACCUUAAUUGGGCGAAUACAGGGUGAGGACCCUGAGGCAAGGCGUCGAAUCGUCGGAGUCUCAGAGGCAAGGCGUGGAAACGUCGGAGUCUCACAAGCCAAGCGUGGGACCACGGGUUGGUCAGUUCAGGAAUUGAACUCCACGACUGAUUUAAAGUCCCAGAUCGGACAGGAACAGGGCGGAGACCCAGAGACCCGCCGUCGUAUCACCGACGUUAAGCUAGAAAAGCGCGGGAACCAUGGAUGGCUAGUCGACCAUGAAGGCCUCCUUAGAUACCAAAAUAGGUUGUACAUCCCCAUAAGAAAUGGCCUACGUCAGAAACUGCUAAAUAUCUACCAUGAUGAUCCACUCGCAGGACAUUUCGGUCGAACUCGCACCACCGAGUUACUAAAACGCAAAUUCCAUUGGGUUAACUUGCAAAAGGACGUGGCCCAAUACGUCAAAGAAUGCGCAGUAUGCCAAGGGGCAGCCACACCAAGGCAUCGACCUUAUGGCGAACUACAGUCGCUACCGAUUCCCCAGCGACCCUUCAGCGAUCUAGCAAUGGACUUUAUCACCCACUUGCCACAGACAAUUUACAAGGACAACACCGUCGACGCGAUCUUAGUUAUCGUGGAUAGAUUUUCAAAAUACGCCGUCUUCCUACCCGUUUCAUCUACAAUUGAUGCUGUGCAACUAGCUGAAUUGUUUCACCAAGAAAUCGAACUCCGAUUUGGCCCGCCAAAUAGCAUAGUUUCAGACCGAGGAUCAGUCUUUACUAGCAAAUUCUGGUCUAAACUCUGCUACCAAAGCCAUGUCAAAUUGAGAUUUUCGACAGCGUUUCACCCGCAGACCGACGGCCAAACGGAAAGGAUGAACCAAGUACUCGAGAGCUACCUUCGAUGCUUCGUCAAUACGGAACAAACCAAUUGGCCAGUCCUCCUCCCUACAGCCCAAUUUGCCACCAAUAAUGCUAUAAACUCAACCACAGGGUUUACACCUUUCAAAGCACUUUACGGUUAUGACCCAAACUUCCAAUUGCGCGCCGAGGACGGCGCUUCCAGGGAGGAAGUCCCAGCAACUACAGCACGACUAGAAAAGUUGCAAAAGCUACGAGAAAGGCUUCAAGAAGCAUGGCGAAAAGCAAGCGAAUCGCAGGCGAAACACUACAAUAAACGCCACGAACCUAUACAGUUCCGAAGGGGACAAUUAGUUGCACUAUCAACCCGCAAUCUCCGAAUAAAGAACCCAUCAAGAAAACUUGCCCCAAACUUCAUUGGACCUUUCCGGAUCCUUGACAAAGUUGGAAAGCAGGCGUACCGGCUAGCAUUACCCGAGCAAUACUCUCGUCUACACAAUGUCUUCCCUGUCUCUUUACUCCAAGAAUGGCAUCAGCGAAACGAUAGUGAAACCCUACCUAUGCCAGAGCUAGAAGAUGAUGAUGAGUGGGAGGUUGAGGAGGUCCGGGGUGAAAAGAAGUUCCAGAAUGAACUACACUACUUGGUUAAAUGGAAAGGAUGGCCCUCCGAGUACAAUCAAUGGGUACCACUCUCGGACAUGGGGAAUGCUAGAGGUAUUAUCGCAAAGUUCCAGAAGCAAAAGAAAAGGUCGAAUUGA